CAUCAACUCUACUAAUGCAACAAGGGAGGAGGAAGCUAGUAGACUAGACCGAGGGAGGUGAUGAGCAGCAUGGUGGAGAUGGACGAGGAACAAGCCGAGAUAGUAGUGGAUCACGAAUCAUCAGAGAAGAAGGAGGCGGCCUCAGCAGCGAGCAGGCUGCAGCUGGCAUCGUCGUCGUUGAGGGAGGCACUCUCCUGCACCUCCUCCCUCUCAUUGUCCCUGAGAGAACAGCACAACGACGAAGAAGUCGAGCUGAAAUGGGCGGCCAUCGAGCGGCUGCCAACCUUGGACAGGCUCCACACCUCGCUCCCUCUCCAUGCCAAGGCCGAUGCCAACGGACUGGAGCCCGUGGACGUGCGGAGCAUGGGGGCGGCGGAGCGGCGGGAGCUGGUGCACACCCUCAUCGCCGACAUCCACAAGGACAACCUCCGCCUGCUACGGCACCAGCGCCGCCGGAUGGACAGGGUGGGCGUGCGCCAGCCGACGGUGGAGGUGCGGUGGCGGAACGUGCGCGUGGAGGCGGAAUGCCAGGUCGUCGACGGCAAGCCCCUUCCCACGCUCCUCAACUCCGCCAUCUCCAUGCUCUCCAUGCUCACCACCAUGCUGGGCUUCAAAAGUAACCAGGAAAGGAUCCACAUCCUCAAAGAUGUCACGGGCAUCCUCAAACCUUCAAGGAUGACCUUACUCCUUGGACCCCCUGGCUGCGGUAAAACCACCCUCUUGCUAGCACUUGCAGGAAAGCUCAAUAGAAAUCUCAAGGUAACAGGAGAAAUUGACUACAAUGGUGUCAAGCUGCAAGAUUUCGUUCCGGAGAAGACAGCAGCUUACAUUGGCCAGUAUGAUCUUCAUGUCCCUGAGAUGACUGUCAGGGAGACGCUCGAUUUCUCUGCAAGGUUCCAAGGCGUUGGCAGCAGAGCAGAAAUCAUGAGGGAAGUCAUUAAAAGGGAGAAGGAGGCUGGGAUCACCCCUGACCCCAACAUAGAUACGUUCAUGAAGGCAGUAUGUGUGGAAGGUUUAGAAAGAAGCUUGCAAACAGACUACAUUAUGAAGAUCAUGGGACUUGACAUAUGCGCUGAUGUACAAGUGGGAAAUGCCAUGCGACGAGGUAUUUCAGGCGGUGAGAAGAAAAGACUAACCACAGGAGAGAUGAUGGUAGGACCCUCAAAAGCUCUAUUCAUGGAUGAAAUAUCAACUGGGCUGGACACUUCGACCACCUUCCAAAUUGUUUCUUGCCUCCAACAGCUAGCUCAUAUAUCAGAGUCUACUAUACUGGUCUCACUCCUUCAACCAGCACCAGAGACAUACGAACUUUUUGAUGAUAUUAUCUUGAUGGCUGAAGGACAGAUCGUAUACCAUGGAUCUAGGAAUCGCAUUAUGAGUUUCUUUGAAUCAUGUGGAUUUAAGUGCCCCGAAAGAAAAGGGGGCGCUGACUUUCUUCAAGAGGUCUUGUCAAAAAAUGAUCAACAGCAAUACUGGAGCCUUGCCGAAGAAACAUAUAAUUUUGUUACAGUUGACCAAUUCUGCAAUAAGUUCAAAGCAUCGCAAAGUGGACAGGAUCUUGCUGAGGAGCUUUUGAAGCCGUAUGACGAAUCGAAAGGACAUAAGAAUGCCCUUUCCUUCAGCAUCUACUCGUUAUCCAAGUGGGAUCUCCUCAAGGCAUGUUUUGCACGGGAGCUCCUUCUUAUGAAAAGGAAUGCCUUCCUCUAUAUAACAAAAGCCAUUCAGCUUGGAGUAAUCGCUCUUAUUGCUGGGACAGUAUUUCUGCGCACACGUAUGGGUGUUGACAGAGUUCAUGCUAACUAUUAUAUGAGUUCACUCUUCUAUGCGCUCCUCCUGCUGGUAGUGAAUGGUUUCCCUGAGCUGGCCAUGGCAAUUAAUAGACUCCCAGUCUUCUACAAACAGCGAGACUACUACUUCUAUCCUGCAUGGGCUUAUGCAAUACCAUCUUUUAUCCUAAAGAUUCCAGUCUCUUUAGUUGAGUCAGUAGUUUGGACAUCAAUAUCCUACUACUUGAUUGGCUAUACUCCGGAAGCAUCCAGAUUUUUUGGUCAUCUCCUUGUCCUCUUCCUCAUCCACACCGUGUCACUAUCAAUGUUUCGAUGUGUCGCCUCAUACUUUCAAACAGUGGUGGUUAGUUCAGUUGGUGGUACGAUGACUUUUGUAGCCAUCCUUCUGUUUGGGGGUUUCAUAAUUCCUCGCCAAUUUCUUCCUAAUUGGCUAAAAUGGGGAUUUUGGCUCUCUCCAUUAUCAUACGGUGAGAUAGGCUUAACUGGAAAUGAGUUUUUGGCACCAAGAUGGUUGGAGAUCACUGUAUCUGGUGUAACACUUGGAAGGAGAAUACUAAUGGAUCAAGGGCUAGACUUCUCCAGCUACUUCUACUGGAUCUCAGUUGGAGCACUGAUUGGAUUCAUAUUAUUGUUCAAUGCGGGCUUUGCUAUUGGCUUGACUAUUAAAAACCCUCCAGGAACUUCUCGAGCUAUUAUCUCUCGCAAUAGAUCUAACACAUUUGAUGGAAGAGACCAACAUAUGUCCAAGGUUAUGGAUAAUGGGAUGCCUAAGUUACAAGUAGAAACUGCUUCGACGCCUAAUAGGACUGGGAGGAUGGUAUUGCCUUUCACACCCCUUAUAAUGACAUUCCAGGAUGUCAACUACUACGUAGACACCCCUGUGAAAAUGAGGGAGCAUGGUUACAUGGAAAGGAAACUACAACUACUCCACAAUAUCACUGGAGCAUUCCAGCCAGGUGUUCUCUCGGCACUCAUGGGGGUUACUGGAGCUGGAAAAACAACACUCCUUGAUGUUCUUGCUGGAAGGAAAACAGGCGGUGUUAUUGAAGGGGAUAUAAGAAUAGGAGGUUAUCCUAAAAUUCAGCAAACUUUUGCUAGGAUAUCAGGCUACUGUGAACAAACUGAUGUUCAUUCCCCCCAAAUCACAGUGGGCGAGUCAGUAGCAUAUUCAGCCUGGUUGCGCCUUCCACCAGAAAUUGAUUCGAAAACAAGAAAUGAAUUUGUCAAUGAAGUUCUUGAAACAAUCGAGCUAGACGAAAAUAGAGAUUCUUUGGUUGGAGUACGAGGGGUAAAUGGACUAUCAACAGAGCAACGUAAACGGCUCACUGUUGCAGUUGAACUCGUGGCUAACCCUUCAAUUAUAUUCAUGGAUGAGCCAACAUCAGGCUUGGACGCAAGGGCAGCUGCUAUUGUCAUGCGUGCAGUGAAGAACGUUGCAGACACAGGUCGAACAGUUGUGUGCACCAUUCACCAACCAAGUAUCGAGAUAUUUGAGGCAUUUGAUGAGUUGAUGCUGAUGAAAAGGGGUGGAGAGUUGAUCUAUGCUGGGCCACUUGGACACCUUUCGUGUGACAUCAUACACUAUUUUCAGGCAAUACCUGGGGUACCCAGGAUCAAGGACAACUACAACCCAUCAACGUGGAUGCUAGAAGCUACUUCUACAUCUAUGGAACUUCAGCUGGGAGUAGAUUUUGCACAUAUGUACAGAGAAUCAUCAAUUUCCAAGGACAAGGAAAUGCUGGUGAAGCGCUUGAGCAUACCAGCUCUAAGUACGAGUGAUCUUUAUUUCCCAACACGGUUUCCUCAUAAGUUUCGGGAGCAAUUCAAAGCUUGCCUCUGGAAGCAAAGUUUAUCGUAUUGGAGAACCCCUUCAUAUAACCUGGUGAGAAUGGUGUUCAUGACGGCUUCAUGCAUUUUCUUUGGUGUAUUGUUCUGGCAGAAGGGCAACAUCAACCACAUAAACGACCAGCAAAGUCUGUUCACCAUAUUGGGGUGCAUGUAUGGAAUCACUCUGUUCACCGGCAUCAACAGCUGCCAAUCAGUGAUGCCAUUUGUUGCCAUUGAGCGCUCCGUCGUGUACAGGGAGAGGUUUGCAGGGAUGUACUCUCCUUGGGCCUACUCCUUCGCGCAGGUUGCCAUGGAGAUACCUUAUGUGGUGGUACAGGCAAUGCUGUUCAUGUUAAUAGCAUACCCAAUGAUAGGAUACGCAUGGACAGCAGCAAAGUUCUUUUGGUUCAUGUACACCAUGGUAUGCACGCUGCUCAGCUUCGUCUACCUUGGAAUGGUGAUGGUGUCGCUCACCCCCAACAUCCAAGUCGCAUCCAUACUUACAUCCAUGUUCUACACCCUACAAAACCUCAUGUCUGGCUUCAUUGUGCCUGCGCCGCAAAUACCGAGAUGGUGGAUAUGGCUCUACCGCCUCUCCCCGAUGUCGUGGACGCUCAAUGUCUUCUUCAUCACACAAUUUGUGGAAGACAAUGAGAGGACGGUGAUCGUAUUUGGAGAGACCAAAUCCCUCGGAGUGUUCAUGAGGGAAUACUUUGGUUUUCGCCGUGACCUGCUGCCACUGGCAGCUGUGGUUCUGGCAGCAUUCCCCAUCCUCUUUGCUGUCCUCUUCGGUUACAACAUCUCAAAGCUCAAUUUCCAAAGGCGAUAGACACUCAGAUAUUUAAGUAGUGAGUAGCAAAUUACAGAAUAGUAGAUGUGUCGUACAGACGUGUAUCUUUGUGUAGUAAAAUUUGAAGCAUUUUUUAUUUAUUGUAUAAAUAUGAUAUUGAUA